GUGCUGCUGGUGAGCGCGAGCGACGUCCUGGUGGACGCCGAGUCUGUGGACCAGGCCACCGCGCCGGUGAUCAAGGCGCAGAAGACGAACGUGGACGUGCUGAUGAGGGACCACCAGAACUGGUGGCACGACUUCUACCCGCGGGGCGCGUUCCUGAGCCUUGGUGACCGUACGCUGGACCAGUUCUAUUGGGUCAACAUGUACAAGGCGGCCAGCGCGUCGCGGCCCGGGCGGCCGCUCUACGACCUGCAGGGCCCCUGGCCGGUGGAGGGCACUCCCUGGCCCGACAUCCACUGGGACUUGAACAUCCAGCUGACGUACAUGCCAUUCGCAGCGGCUGGGAGGCUCAACCUUGCAGAGUCUCUGUGGGAGUUUCUCGAACGCAACAAGGAGAACCUCAUCAACAACGUGGCGCCCGAGUGGCGCAACGACUCCGCCGCCGCGCCCUCCCUCGCGUCGGGCCCCGACGCCCGCGCCUCGUGCAACGCGAAGCAGUGGGGCGGCUCCAUCCAGCGGCAGGCCGAGACCUGCGUGGUGGCUCCGCCCAGCAUCACCGGCAACCUGCUGUGGACCCUGCAGGUGCUCUAUGGGGCGUACGAGACCACCAGGGACCCGAAGUACGCCAGGCGUCUGUACCCGCUGCUCCGCCGCGCGGUCAAUUUCCACAUGCACCUGCAGGAGGUCAAGGACGAGGACGGCCUGGUGCACCUGCCCGCCUCGAUGAGCCCCGAGUACGGCGCGCCUGGCCGCGUGGCGGUGCAGGAAGAUCCGAACUACGACUUGGCCCUGUACAGGCGGUUGGGGCCAGCCCGCG